AACACCAAUGCCGCACGCACAAGAAAGAGGCAAACUUACGAUAACCGAACUGCACCCAUGGUUUGCGGCUGAAGUGAGAGGCAUAGACUUCAGCAAACAGAUUCCAGAUGAUAUCUUCGCCGAGAUUCUUGCAGCAAUCGCAAAGUAUGGCGUUGUGAGAUUUCCACAAACAGGACUGGAUGAUGCUGGUCAUGUCGCCUUCGCGGCACGAUUUGGAGAGCUGGACGACGUGAGUCCCUACACCAAGUUGGGCAAGAAGCAUCGCUUGCCGUUCCCCGAGUUAUUUGACGUAAGCAAUCUGCUCGAAGAUGGCUCGAUUGCUCCAGUAGACAGCCACAGGGCUGCAAUGAAUCGUGGCAACACUUUAUUCCACGUCGACAGCUCUUUCAAUCCAAGAAGAGCCGGAUAUUCGAUUCUUCGAGCACAUGAACUCCCUCCGCAAGGAACAGGUGGGGCCACGGAAUACGCUGACACCAGGACUGCCUUUGAAGACCUGCCAAGUGAUCUGAAGCAUGAGCUGAUCGGGAAAGACUUUGUUGCUUGCCACUCUCUCUAUCAUUCUAGGAAGGCCGCUGCUCCAGAAGCACUUCCAGGCAUCAAUCCAGAAGACCAUUUCAUGAGCCGACAUAGGUUAAUUCAGCGCCACGAAGCGAGCGAAAGGAUGAACUUGUACAUCGCGUCUCACGUCCACCACGUUGAAGGCAUCGACCGGGAAGAGUCGAGGAGGCUCAUUAACACACUUUAUAAACAUGCGUGUCAGCCCAAAUACGUGGUUUCGAUUCCGUGGGAAAGUCCAGGAGAUGUCAUACUCUGGGAUAAUACGGCAGUCAUGCAUCGAAGCACUGGAGGUUCCUUUGAAGGCCAAUACAAGCGCGGUAAGUGGAACUCCAGCACGGCAUGGUAG